AUGUUGUUUUUAUCGUUGACGGGAUUGACAUUAUCAACAUCAGAUAGACUAAGAAUAACUUAAUAUAUACUUAUAUAAACUAAUAUAAGUAGUAGUAUACUAAGGGAAUGGGUGCAAAUCCGGCUAUGUGUGUACAUGCGUCAUGAUCACGGCGGAAGGUGUCAGUUCAGUGCGCGAUGACUUCAAACGCGAGGAAAUAGCAUUGGAGGUGUAUGAUCUAAUCAAAGACAUAAAGGAUCCAGAAAGACCUGAUACAUUGGAGGAUCUCAGUGUUGUCUAUGAAGAUGGUGUGAAAGUUGAGAAUUUGACAGGUCUCUGUGAUGAAAGGUAUAAGAUAUCCGUGAUAUUUACACCAACUGUUGCACACUGCCACUUAGCAACUCUCAUAGGUCUCUGCAUCAGGGUUAGACUACAAGAAGAGCUCCCACAUAGUUACAAGCUGAGUAUUUACCUCAAAGAAGGCAGCCACGAUACUGCAACAGAAGUGAGCAAGCAGAUCAACGACAAGGAAAGAGUGUCGGCGGCACUGGAAAAUCCAAGUCUGCGCGAACUAGUUACGGAGUGUCUUGCGCCGCGUUUGUGAGCUCGCAGAAAAAACGAACAAGUUUACUGACGUUGUUGCCAACCCGCACGCCAACUUGUAUAUCACUCGUCUUGGUCCGCUAGCGUCAAGGGACAUGGCGUCAACCAUCGUCCAGUACGUGGUCGUGCGAGGCGAUCUCAUCUCGAACUUAAGAUGGCCGACGGGGGCUGUGAUUGCACAGGCGUGCCACGCGACCACCGCCGCGCUGCACUUGUUCCGCGACAACGCCGACACGCAGC